AUGUCUAUAGUUAACACUGCUAUACCAAGAAGGGGGACUUUUACUAAACUGACUCUGCCGCUCUUGCUAAAACGACUAAGGCCAAGGACAAAGCCCAAGUUCGAGGCCCUGUUGAGAAGAAGCUCAGAGGAGUCAGAAAGUCUUUGUUGCCCCUAUCACCUCCGAACCUCCGCUCUGUGGGAAGGGCAUGGCUGUGGCUUGGGUCCGGGAGACCUACUCCAGCCUUCCGUGUGCAUCCUUUCCUCUAAACCUGGCAGCCAGUCACCAAGUGGCAAAUGCAUUUCGUCUCAGGGCUUCUCUUGCCGUCCACUAAGGCAUUCUGAAGAAUGCAGAGAGAAUGGGAAAGAAUAUGGCAAAGCUGAUGCAAGAUGGGUUAAUUUUGACCCAACCAUUGUGUCUGUGGAAAUUCUGACUGUUGUCCUGGAUGGGUCUCUGGCAUUGGUCCUCAUGUACGCCAUAGUCAAAGAGAAAUAUUAUCGGCACUUCAUACAGAUUACUCUGUGCGUGUGUGAAUUGUAUGGCGGGUGGAUGACUUUCUCCCCGGAGUGGCUUAUGGGAAGCCCCAACCUCAACACCAACAAUUGGCUCUACUUUUGGGUCUACCUGGCAUUUUUCAAUAGUGUGUGGGUUCUGAUCCCAGGACUGUUACUGUGGCAGUCGUUGGUAGAACUCAAGAAAAUGUAUCCCAAAGGGACCAGCUUAGGGAAAAAGUUCCAAUGAAUUUUCAAAAAUCAUAAACAUUAUUUUCUAGCUUUAUGAGCCAGACUGGAUUAAACCUUUUUGUUUUGAUAAAAUUUAAUACAUUCCAGUCUACAAUUUCUUUUAUAUUGUUAUUCCUAAACAACCGACUUCAAAUUGAUUGUAAGAUGGCAAGAUUUAGUUGUUGAUUUAUUUUUCCAGUUAAAUGGCAAUAUAGGGAACAGAGAAUAAAUUUUAACUUGUAAUAAUCACAUAGUUAAUUAAACAUUUUUAUAUCUAAGAUUAAUUGUGCUAUGUUAAUAAAGCCAAUAAUCACAAAA